AUGUUCACCAGAGGACACCUCAGUGGUCAUGAUGAAUCCUACACAUCAGAAUUGGGCCCUUUGUCGCCAAAGCGAGAGCCACAUCAGCAGAUGUCACAUAGCCCCAUUGUGGGGCAAAGCCCACACAGAAUGCUGCAGAAUUGCCAACAAGGGGCAGAGGAUACAUCCCAUCAUGACAGGUCAUCAGAAUGUUCUACCUGCAAUGAAGGGGACAUCAUCCGUUCGAAAGAAAGCAGCAGUUCUGACCACCAGGAUGGAAUUAUGGUUAUGAGUGACACCAUCCCCAGGCUCACUGAAAGAACCAAAAAUAAAGAAGAGAAAGUGGUUACAGAGCGAGAUGAAGCAGGACAAGGCUCUAGUAACUUAGUGGAACAUAUCCUAAAAGAGCUCAAGGGCAUCAACAAGAUCCAGGAGGAAAUUUCUGACCUGAGGCUGUAUCUAACUUCUGUGCGAGGCUCUGUGGAUGAAGUGUCUUGCUGUGUUGAUGCAGUGCUCAGUGAAAUAGGUGAGCUGUACUCUGGGGCUUCAGCAUCACCUCAUCCUAGUCCAGUUUCUCAAACACCUCGAGUCAGACGUGGAAGCCUGGGUAGACAGAAUGCCAUCACAUCACCUUAUUGUGGAGAUCCUAGUCCAGUUUUGGAUCGUAAAGAUUGCAGAACAGACUUAGGAUGUGCAACUUCUCAGAUAACAUCCACACAAUGGCACAUUGAUGGAGUUGCUGUCAGUCGGUCAAACCAGCAAACUGACCAAGAAAAGCAAGAGAAGAGUUCAAACAUGAAAAUGCAAGCAACUACAAGCCCUGAUCUUUGCUAUCUGGAGCUUCACUGUGGCCAUGACUACCGAAGUACCAGUUCUUUGUCAUCUUGUCACAGUUCCAGUUGUCCAGAAGGAGGCUUUCUUUCUGGUGACACGGAGUAUGACAGAUGGCCUCCAGCUGAAAUACCACACAGUCAAAGUAGAGAAGGUACAUGGAGUGAGGAGGACAUCUGCUCUUGUGCAGAUAUCAGUGGAGAAGAGCUUGACAAUAGUCUACGUGUUUGGGACACAGAGGACAUGCAGAGUACACCAGGCAACUUGUCACAAAGCUCUGAGCAUCUCUCAUUGCUGUUUGGACUCCAUCCUAACUCUCAAUCCGGUUCCCCCAGUACGAUGGACUGGAGAUCCCCCAGACUACAAACAGGACUGGAGGAAGCAAACCUGGACUGCAAUUAUCCUUCAAACUAUCCAUACUCGUACAGUUCAGGUUACCACACUAUGGAUGCCUGUGCAAAUGAACUGGACAGUCUGCCCUCAAGGAGCCUGAGCUGUUCCACUGUGCUUUUGACAGACUGUGAUGAUCCAUCAUCUGGUAACACUCUUGAUUUAGGGUCUGUCGAGAGUUUGGACAAGGAGUGGACAGAACCCAGCAUCUCCAGAGGAGAUGAAGGAGAAACUUUGUCCCAGACAUCUUCUGAAAUUGACUCAGAGAGUAUUCCCAGGAGCCCUAAUAUAGGUUUUGAUGUGACCACUUUUAGCAAGGCUGUACUCACUUUCCAGUCAGCUUUCAAAGGAGCAUUAAAAAAGUUAGAAGGGUCAGACAUUGAAGAUGAGAAAGAUGGAAAUGGGUCAGACGCAUCUCCGCAUCCUGUCAGGCAAACUAGUGAACCUAAGGAGAUGCAGAGCAGUAUGGAUUAUACAGGAGGAGACAUUGAUCAAUCACAAAACAUUGAUCAGCAUACUCCGAAGAAGGACAGUGAGGCUCCAGUCCAUGUGGAUUGUGUGGAGGUCCCAGAAAACCGUUCAUCAAAUCUUCUAGCAUCCCCCCGACAAACAAGCAGCUCCCCCCGCAUCCCCGCUCGUAAUCACUCUGUUGAAACUCCACAGAAUAGUGAAGAACGUCCAACGGAUGGGGAACUGUCCAGCGUUGACCAAACACCAGACCACUGCCCACCAAAGCAAGGCGGGAGUCCAAUGGUUUCAGUGCUCAGCACAGAUGAGUUGUGGUUAAGUCCCAUCAGUGAAAACCAUGUUCUGGACCAGACUGAUGAAGUAAAGCCUACUAAUGCCAGUCACAAAGAGCGAAUCGCUAAUUUCCAACGCAUUCUGAAAGAAAAGAGGCAAAGCCGUCACAGACUGUCCAAAUCUGCUCAUGGUUCCCAAGGAUCCCAUGGUUCCCAAGGGUCUCAGGGAUCCCAAUCUCAGGAUGAGUUUUUUCCAGAGUUAUGGAAAGAAGAUAAUCAGGUUAUUCAUCUAAUGUUGGCUCCACAUUCAAGCCUCUUUCCUUUGUUCUUUUGAUUUGUUGGUUGAU